CGGUGUCGGUGUCUCAGUCUGACUUUAGUCCACGACCACCACAGACGUUAAAAUGCCGUUCAUCGAGCACGUAUCGGACACGGACUUGGAGCGUUUGGCGCUGGAGCGGGUCGUCCCGGCCCUGCUGUCUCACGGCUUCUGCUAUGUGGACGGACUCCUCGGGGAGCUGGCCGGCAGCGCCGUGUUGGAUCAGGUGAGGGAGAUGCACCGCUCCGGGGCGCUGCAGGACGGGCGGCUGGCCGGCUCCGUCCCGGGUGUCCACCGGAGGAGCAUCCGCGGGGAUAAGAUCGCCUGGGUGAGCGGGACGGAACGCGGCUGCGAGGCGAUCAGCUUCCUGCUCAACCUGAUCGAUAAACUGAUUUCCAUGUGCGCCAGGCGGCUCGGGAGCAAGACGAUCCGGGAGAGGUCCAAGGCCAUGGUGGCGUGUUACCCAGGAAACGGGGCCGGUUACGUCAAACACGUGGACAACCCCAACUGCGACGGGCGCUGCAUCACCUGCAUCUACUACCUCAACAAGAACUGGAAGCCCAAGGAGCACGGCGGCGUCCUGCGGAUCUUUCCUGAGGGGAAGUCCUACGUGGCUGACAUCAAGCCGCUGUUCGACAGGCUGCUCUUAUUCUGGUCCGACCGCAGAAACCCACAUGAGGUGCAGCCCUCCUACUCCACCAGGUACGCCAUCACAGUUUGGUAUUUUGACUCUGAGGAGAGAGCUGAGGCCAAGAGACGCUUCAGAGACCUGACAGCUCAGCAGCAGGGCAGCAGCUCCAGCUGAUUGGGAGGAAACGCCACCUGGUGUUUGACAGCCUGAUCCGCAGCAGAGGACGGCAGGAUUCCUCCUGACUCUCAAGGCUUCUGGAAAAGCUAAAAGGACAAAAAAAAAAAAAGCGCCGUGACUGUGGAGGAGUCGACACUCCAGCUCGCCGCGAGCGCUGCUGCAACCUGACGAAUGACGAGUUCAGGACUUUUCCUGCUUUACCUGACUGUACAAUACUCUCUGCUGACUACUGAGAGCCCAGCUGGGACGAAGGAAAACAGUGGACUGCACCUUUACGCUUCGCCUUCAGCACACUUCAUUCUGGGGUUGGGUGGGGGGUAGGAGGAGGAGGAGGAGGAGGAGGGGAGGGGGUCCUUGAGGUGUACAGACAGAGAGACGUUAUGCACCUUGUGGUGCGAAGCCGUUGUGUUCUUUGGAAGACUCACAGCAGCGUUGUGUGUUUGGGGGGACCACUAUAAAACUGUUUACAAGUAAACAAUGUCUAAAUAAAUCAAGUGGGCAGAGCUCCUGAUGAUGUUUAGGAUUAGGAACAAAGUUCAAAUUUAAAUUAUCUGAAAAACGUCCAUCCGGUUUCAAACCCGCGGGACUGUUGUGGACAAAGUUCACGUUUUUUGCAUGGCCAUCAAUGUUUGUUAUCUGAAAUAUGAACCAAAUCACAAGAUGGCCAAGUAGGAUCAACAGAGAAGCGCUUGUUUGAUACGUGAGUGUCUGAAUGCUUUGUAAACUGUCACAUGGUUUUCACACCAGUUCCACCAAAAACCAGGAUCCUGAAUCAGAUGGAGGUGGUUCUUCUUUCUGUUCAGUCAGGAAUGAAAGAGUCUCAUCUGGAUGUUUUGGGGAAAUAUUUGCUCUUUUUAAGCUCAGCCACAAAAUAUUGAUAAUAUCAAUGUGAUGUCUGUGUGUCAAAGGCCCCGGAAACUUUUACAUGCGCUCACCUUUACCUGUCAGGAGUUUGGUUACACCUUCCUCCUUCGAAUAGGUGACAUUACUGAAAAAAUACUUAAGGUUUGAAGCCAAGUUUUCAGGGGCUUUAGAUACAGAGUUGAAGGAUGUUGUUAGCCUAGCUUAGCAUAAAGACUGGGAACACGGAGCAUCUUGGAGCUAAGAGGUUUUAGCUCUGGGCUAAGUGCAGCAUGAGAAGCCUUCAAACCCUCUUAGUCACAGGCUACAAAAAGCUUCCACGCUGACACCUUCCAGUGGGCUAUCCCUGACUUAAGCAUGGAACUUGUUGGCCUUGAGUUAGCCCUGAGUUUGUGGGGUUAACCCCUGAAAAUCAACUAAACACGGGGCUAAAGUUAACUUGAGUAGUCACAUGUCCAGCGUGAACCAUCCAGCGGUGGCUCGCGUGAACAUCGGGCUAACACUGUGUGUGUGCAAAGGAGCUCAGUUACCCCAGAGUCAGCUCUUAGCCCUGCGCUAACGUUAGCCCCGAACAAAUGCAGUGCUUCACAAGAAUAAAGCUGAUCAGACUUUAGCUUUGAUAAAAGACAAAAUGAGUAAUCACAUAAUUUGCUUUAAAGGCUGAACUGAAUCUGAAAGACGCUGAGUGAUGAUCUUAUUAUGUGAGCGCUUGUGUUUUCACUCAUUGAUCCGCAGGCAGGAAACUGCUGAGGAUGAAUUUGCUCUGAGCUGUCAAAGUGCAAAUGAAAACAAACACAACUGGGCUUCCGUAGCAGCUGUUUCCUACCUGAUGGACUUUUCUGUUUCUCAGCCUGCUGCUUUGCUCACUUCACCCUGCAAAAAGAAAAAUAAUCACUGAUUAUUUUCAUUAUUCUGGACUGGUGUGAGUUUGUUUUGUCCUGCUGUGAGCAGCAGAUGGGCGGAGUUAAACACGCCGAACUCGCCCGUCGUCUCAGUUUGAGUAUUUGUUAUUUGUGAGCCCUUGUGUUCUGACAGUAAACUCACAUUCCAAUGCGUUGAUGUUGUUGUUCCUGUUCCUGUUUGGGAAAUAAAAAUUCAUCGAGUCGA